UAUCAAUACUAUGGAUAGCAACAAACUUAUAAAAACUGAGUAAGAACAUUAAUCGAAAGGGGAAGAUGAAUCCACAAGACAUCUAAGUGAUAUGUUAGGUAUGAAAUACACAUAAAUUAAAUAACCUCCUUCUUAAAUCAUCAACUUUAGAAGUCUAAGAUAAAGGUUUGGAUUAAUUUAAGAUUAAUAUCCUUUGCCACUUAAAUUUGAAUAAUUAUUAUAAACCAUGAAAACUAUCGAAUAAAUUUAUUGGAAGAAAUAAAAACCUAUUGUUUAUGAAAUUAAAACCAAUGCUUUAAGGCUCUUAUAAAUUGGAUAAUUAUUAAACCUUGACAAAGAGCUUUAUUAAAUUAAAAUUGUAGAAAAAUCUGUUUAAAUUAUUCCGAAUGAUGUUCCCAUUGAAAAUUUACCUUCAUUUCAACCAUUUGCUCAUUAAUUACCAUCUGUCUUUGAAAAUAGAAUAACUAGAGUCAGAAAUAUUUUAGAUAAAUUAGUGCAAACUGUUCAUGAAAAUUACCUAGACAUAAUCAACCAAUAGGAUUUUAAAGAACAAUCAAUUCAAUUCAAAGUUUAUCACCCUACGUUUGAUUUAAACCUAGUCCCAGAUAUACUUCCACAAUAAUUACCAUUCUAACUUUAUUCUGAAGAAUAAAAAGCUUAGCUUCAGCAAAUCAUCGAAAAUACUAUUUAAUAUUUUAAUAAACGGACAGUCUCUUUUAUGUUCUACCCGAACUUAAUUAACUAUUUGUUAAGCAAAAUAAAAAUGAAUAAAGAUCAAAUGGAAAAAUACGUACAAUUUUUGAUAAAGGUUCAGCCAGAUUUUUUACAGAUAACAAAUUAAAAGAAAGAAUAACUAAAAGUAAAAUGGAUAAUCUAAAUAAAUAAAUAAAGCACUGUAGAAAAUUAAAUUCAAUAAUUGAAAACUUAUAUUUAUUGA